AUGCAGGAGAUGGGGCUAAAGUCGAAGCUGCCAGAGUCCCAAGAAAAGUUGAGAGAGGAUGCAAUCAAUAGUCGGGAUACACCCCAUAGUAUAGUGUCUUGUGCUUCAAAGGGGGUAAGUGGGGCUGUUGCGGCGAAACUUCCAUCAAUAUCAAAUAUGAAGAAGAAUAGACGCAAUAUACGAGCUAAGAAAAACGAUGUCCCUGCUUUGCCAGAUUGCCAAGAAGAUCUCAUCAUCCCGGAAGAAUUUACCAAAACUCACAAAGGAGAACUGUUUCUUAUGUAUGACUCAGGUCCCACAAAUGAUCGUAUAUUGAUUUUUUCGACACAGAGAAACUUCGAUUUACUAGCACGCUCAGAGAACUGGUUCGCUGAUGGUACCUUUAAGACGGUACCUUCAAUUUUUUUUCAGUUGUAUACAAUACAUGGUGUGCAUUCAGGAAGUAUCGUACAGCUCGUUUAUGCACUAUUACCGAACAAAACUCAAGAGACCUACAAAAGAUCCCUGCAGAUUGUAAACGAAAAAAUCCCAACAUUUGAGCCAGCCACAAUAAUGAUAGACUUUGAAUUGGCCAUGAUUAGAGCUAUAGAGCAUGAAUUUCCAAGGACAAAAUGCCGUGGCUGUUUUUUCAUUUUUGUAAUCCAAAUUUCCAUCGCAAAAUUCAAGAAAAUGGCUUCAAAGUACGGUACCGACAUCGAUGCUGAAUUUGCUAUUCAGGUUCGCCUGUUAUCUGCGUUAGCAUUUGUACCAGUUUUCAAGGUCGAAGAAACAUUUGAAUAUUUAAUUGAAAAUGAAGUUUUUCCCGUUGAAAUUCAAAGUGUGGUUGACUCUUUUGAAGAUACAUGGAUCGGGCGGCCGCAUAGAAAUAACCGUAGACGUGCUCCUUUCUUUAAACAUGAAUUAUGGAACUGUUUUGAUUAUGUCAAGGAAGAAAUGCCCAAGACGAACAAUGCAGUCGAGGGCUGGCAUUACGGUUUCGAACAGCAAUUAAGUGCUCGUCAUCCAUCCAUCUGGAAAUUUAUACAAGGAUUACAACGAGAACAAAGUCUACAGGAGCUACGAAUUGAACAAUAUUUGGGAGGUGUUGGUAUUCCUGUGCGCAAAAAGAAGUAUCGUGACUGUGCAAAAAGGUUACAAACCAUUGUAAUAAAUUAUGACGAAGAGAGGCCUGUCGAAGAAUAUCUACGAAGUGUAGCAUACAACAUUUCAUUUUGA